CACAGCCAGACGGAGACAGGGGAGGAAACCUCUUGUCAAGUUUCUCUCUGACCCUCAGAGCAUCAGCAUUUUAACAGAUCCACUUCUUCAUUGUUUCCCUCCUACACUGGGCUCUCAGAUAACUGUGUCGAUGGUUGUCAUUCUUCUGAAUAACUGAUUUUCAUCAUCAUCACCACUCUCUGUAUUGCGUAACGCAUGGACACUGACAGUGCGCACACUUGUCAUUUAGAAACUAAGAUUAUUCAAGUCCUUUUUUUCUCUUUUUAGUAUUUUUACGUUCAUUUUCAAGGAUGCUCGUCCUAACUUGGAAUAGAUGCUGUGUUGUGGUGGUUCUCGUCGCUUCACUGAAGACGGGGACAUCCCAGGUAUCAGAGGCGCGUCCAAAGGCGAACUUAAUCAAGCCAGCUCUGUCGGAAGAGUCACCUACACCGGCUACAAACCGCACUGCUCACAUCGGGAUCACCAAGAAACACAACGUCCUUGCACAGCAGGUGUACCCAUGCAGCAACGAUAAGGAGUGCAGCGUGGGGAGCUACUGCCACAGCCCUCAGCAGUCUCCCCCCCGCUGCCUCAACUGCCGCAGGAGGAAGAAGCGCUGCCAUCGAGACGCCAUGUGCUGUCCUGGGAACCGCUGCAGUAACUUUAUUUGUGUGCCCAUCUCCGAGAGUGUUCUCUCACCUCACAUCUCAGCUUUAGACGUGCAUAACAAACUCUCCACCAAAGACCAGAGCUGGAGGAAGAAUGGAAAUCCGCACGCUAAGCACUCUCUCAAAGGACACGAGGGCGACCCUUGCCUGCGUUCCUCCGACUGCUCGGAGGGCUACUGCUGCGCCCGCCAUUUCUGGACCAAAAUCUGCAAGCCGGUGCUGAGGCAGGGGGAGGUUUGCACCAAGCAGAGGAAGAAAGGCUCUCACGGCCUGGAGAUCUUCCAGCGCUGUGACUGUGCCAAGGGCCUUUCCUGCAAGGUGUGGAAAGACGCCACCUCAUCGUCCAAGUCCAGGCUCCACAUGUGCCAGAAGAUCUGAAGCGGGGGAGGGGGGGGGGGGCAGCUGCUGUCGGCGUAGAGUGCUCUGUCUCCAUCUGCCAGGGAAAGUUUCUUAAAGGACGGGUUGUGGCGGUAUUGAAAAGGAGAAAAAGACAGAGACUAACAAGAGACAGAACAAACUGUGUGGGUUCAAGCUCGCUGUUCGGCAAGCGGGGAGUGAAUGGGAUUUGCUUUAAUGUGUCUGCUGCGAGCGCUCCAUCCCUGCACCCAUAUACACACACACAAGCACACACACACACACACACACACACUCAGCAUGGGUUUGUGAUCAAUGUUGUUGUUGCACACAAAUACAUAUUCUUUUUUACACUCGGGACAUUCAGGGAGCCACUAAGUUAGCCAGUAGCUGUGAUAGGUGAGGACCUUUUUUUAGAUGGAGGCCACAGGGUUAGCAGUCUUUCAUUAAACUUCCACUUGUAUAAAUAAGACAGAAAAACAAUUAACAGACAAGCCAUAUUUUUUACUGCACAGAACAUGCUUUACCGGCCUCCAAAGAUCUGACGUGUGAUGUCCUGUGUCUCAAUGCUGGAUCUGACAUCAUUUGUUAUCUGUUUAGUCAGAAUUUCAAUAUCUUGUUUGUUUUUGAGUCUUGUGGAAUUUAGCUAUUUAUAUGCAGGACAUUUACAAACAGUAACAAAGUCCAGACCCACGAAAUACCAGUCAUAUCAUAUGAGGAACUAAGUGCAUACACUCUUCACUUCAGAGCUUGACUUAUGUAACAGCAUACGGAGACUUCAAUGCAACGCAUGAUGCUCUUAAACCAAAGAAUGAAAGAAUAUUUACUUCAGAGUUAUGAGUUUCAUCUGGGGUAUUAGCCCCUCGGCCCAUUUUUAGCCACAAGAAGAGAGAUAAAGUAUUGUGUCCGUCGUGGAAACCUUGUUUGAUCUGUCAGAUGCAGCUGCAAUCUAUUGUGAUAGAAACUGUGUGGGUUUGCACUGAGGCAGUCUCCGUGUUCCUGAUACCAAACCAGAGAAUGGCUCUGCUUUUUCAAUCACAUAAACAGGACUCAAGGAUACCAUGGAAGUGCAAUUCUUUCCAUGUACAAUGCCAACAGGAGAGGAGUCGUGAGAAGAUGAUUAGACUUAAAACACGCUCCGUAAACCCGAUGCUUUUUAAAAUAUAUUGCAGAUUGAAUCAACAUCAACACACAGCCCUGUUUAUUUUUUCAGUUUUCCCAAAUAUCAUAGCACGCUUCUUUCUCAUGAAAUAAGCUGCAGUUUUGUUGUUAUGAAGGUUAAGCAAUGCCCCCCCAAAGCACAACUUCCUUAAACAACCACUUGAUAGCUACACAGUCAACAUAAUAUCACAUUUGCCUCUUUUUAGAGCAUCAACUACACAUAUUUUGUAACCAUUUAAAAUACCAAUAAGCUCUUAUAUUGUAAAUAGAUUGGAAACAAUGACCAUGUAUUUAAGAAUCAAUGUAUAUCAUGUACAUAUUAUAAAAAUAUGAAUCUUAAAUGUUGCAGGAAAAUGAUCUAGGUGAGAAGAGUAAUGAGGGAUGAAAUAGGAGCAGACUCAAAGUAAUGUAGUUAAAAUGAUAAACGCUGUGUGUAUAGACACAGGGGAAAGGCAUUGAUGGCUUUGAUAUUACAGACUGAAUGCAUCAUAAGGAUGUUUCCAAAAAGAGGGACGAGCACAUGAAUUUCCAAAACAGUUUGUGUAAAUGGUGUGUACUGUAAAUGGUGUCAAGAUUUAUAUCCCGCUAAAUAUUGUUUGUGUCUAUACUGAUUUGUUUUGUGUAUUUACGUAUUUGUGUAUGAUGAAUGAAUAAAAGAAUGUAUUUUGUAU